AUGCGGCCAUGGGAGGCGAAGGAGAAGGAGAGGGAGCCAGGGAAGGAGAGGAGGAGGCACUUGCUGGCAGUAGCGGAGAGGGAGGUGAGGGCAGAGGCGGAGGCGGCCAUAGUUGCUCUGCCCGCUUGCCCGCUCGUGCCGCUCCUCCACCUUCUUGUCGUCAGGGACAUGGCAACAAAAGAGUUCGACGAACUCGCCCUCGAUUGGACUAACUAUCCUAUCUGGGCUUCUGAUAUUAAAAUCAAUUUUGCCUCUCGGGGGAUUUUAAAUACAAUUGAGGAACCCAAUGAUGGGGACCCGGAAAUUGAGCCCAGGAAGCUCAAUACAGCCCUUUUUCUUUUGAGACUCUACAUUCACAAGGAUCUCAAACAUGAAUACAUGUUAGAGACGAGCCCUCUCAACCUUUGGAAAGCUCUAAAAGAGCGUUAUGACCAGCAAAAGGAACUCAUUUGGCCUGAGGCUAAUUAUGAGUGGGUUCAUUUACGCCUACAGGACUUUAAAACUGUGGCAGAAUACAACCAUGUUGUUCAUAACAUUUGUUCCAGGUUGAAGUUUUGCAAACAAGAGCCAACGGAGGCAGAGAAGAUAGAGAAAACUCUAUCAACUAUGCUUCCGGAGGACAGGAUACUGACUCAACAGUAUCGCGCUAACAUUUUCCAGAAACAUUAUCUGCUUAUACAUACAUUGACUCAGGCAGAAAGACACCAUGAGCUUUCUUUAAAGAAUGCCCAACAGCGCCCACCGGGCUCUACUCCACUGCCUGAGGUGCACUUCAAUGUACAGAAUAAUGCUGAGAAUAAGAAAGGAUUCAAGGGAAAUUCUUCGAAUAAUCCUAAGAAUCUGACUGGAAAGCGCAAACGCAACAACAACAGGCGCAAAUUCAAGGGUCGAAAGAAAGGAAAAGGGAAGGGUAAGGCACCACAACCUCGUAGCAAUGGCAACAAGCAUUGCAACAGGUGUGGAUCUGACACUCAUGUCGCUAAAGACUGCCGCAUCCCGAAACAUCUUGUUCUCUUGUACCAAAAAUCCCUCAAGGACAAAAAGUCUUCUGAGAACCCAAGAUUUGAAGCCUACUUCAAUCUUACACAUGAAGAGCGCCCUAAGGUUGCAAGUUCUCACCAGGCUCCUGUUGAACCAGAGAGCAACCUCAAUGUUCUCCCAUAA